GGUGUUAGGGCUAUAAAACGUCUGAAACAGCAGAUAGAGGACAGUGGAAUUGAAAUGGACCAGACCAUGUAUUCCAUCACAAGUGCAACAAAACUAAGUGUUUUUCUUCUGCUUUCCUCUGUGGUAUGUGAAGAUCAAGGAAAGUGUCCUGAGGUUAAGGUUGUAGGAGUGGGCUCGGAGAAACUCACUUUACUGCAGGGGUGUCCUGGAACCCCCGGACAAAAUGGGUUCCCAGGCACAAAGGGGGAGAUCGGCGCCACUGGGAGUAAAGGUGAUAAGGGGGACCAGGGUAUACCUGGAAAGGUGGGUCCUCCUGGAGAAAAGGGGGAGAGAGGUUUUCCUGGAGAAAAGGGAUCAUUUGCAAACUUGAACGUUUCCCAAUGUCAGAAUGGAGCUAGGAACUGCAAGCAGCUGCUGCAGCGAGGGCACACAAUAAGUGGUUGGUACACCAUAUUUACAGACUCCUGCAAGGCAGUGAGGGUGCUCUGUGACAUGGAUACCAAUGGAGGGGGCUGGGUGGUUUUUCAAAGGCGCAUGGAUGGCUCUGUGGAUUUCUAUCGCAACUGGGAGUCUUACAAGAAUGGAUUUGGAAAGCAGCAGUCUGAGUUCUGGCUGGGGAAUGAAAAUAUCCACAUGCUCACACAAAAUGGAAAUGAGGAGUUCAGAGUUGAUUUGGAAGAUUUUGACGGGAAAAAGACACACGCCACAUACAAGUCUUUUAAACUGGCGGGGGAAUCAGAACUUUACAAACUUCAUCUGGGUGCAUUUCUUGGAGGCCCUGCAGGGGAUUCUCUGACCUUUCAUAAUGACCAGCCUUUCUCCACUUUUGACAAGGACAACGACAAUGCGUCCUUCAACUGUGCCGUCACUGUCAGUGGAGCCUGGUGGUAUCAGACCUGCUACUCUUCAAACUUAAAUGGGAAAUAUUCCAAGGAAGCAAUUCAAUACGGCAUAGACUGGAAAACUGGGAAGGGGAUUGGUUAUUCAUACAAGUACACAGAUAUGAAGUUCAGGUGAUAUUUCUCUGCACUUUGUCCAUUUUUGUUUUUUGUUGCUGUGACUGCUCUUGGAUGGCUAUCAGCUUUCAUCGUGCAGAACCCUAUACAAUGUUCUGAACAUAUAAAACACUGUCAGGUUUGGUUACCACCAUAAUAAUAUGAAAUGAUGCGCCUGUAUGGCUAUAUUUCUGUAAUAUAAGUUUUUAACUAAUUCUGAUUUUUUUUUUUCAAGCUUUUUAAAAACUGCUUGUUCAUAUUGUCAAUAUUUGUUUAUGCUUUCUGUAGAAUAAAAUGCUCAAGUUAAAAAGUUAUUUCUGCAUAUGUAACAUGAAUGAAUAAAAUAUAAAUACACGAGUAAA